AUGUUUCACCUCGUAACUAAUUUUCAGCCGAAAGGAGACCAGCCUAGUGCUAUUAAGAAAAUAGUAGAAAAUAUCCGCCAAGGUCAAAAAGAGCAAGUGCUUUUGGGAGCUACUGGCACUGGCAAAACUUUUACCAUGGCUAAUAUUAUCCAACAAACUAAAAAACCAACCUUGAUUUUGGUUCAUAAUAAAACCCUCGCCAUGCAAAUCUAUCAAGAAAUGCAAGGUUUUUUUCCUCAUAAUAAGGUAGAAUAUUACGUAUCUUAUUUUGAUUAUUACCAACCAGAAGCCUAUAAACCUACUACUGACCUUUAUAUUGGCAAAAAAGUUCAGCGAAAUGCCAGCAUUGCCAAAAUGCGUUUGAAAACUUUAAAUGCUUUGGUUACUGAUAGACAUGUAAUUGUAGUGGCUUCGGUGGCGGCCAUUUAUGGUUGCUUUAACCCUACCGCUUACCGUAAGGUAGUUAUUGAUUUAAAACAAGGUCAAAAAAUAGAUAAAAGUUUAAUUAAAGAUAAAUUAUUCCUUCUAGGGUAUAAGCAUGAUAAAAAAAUCAAUCCAGGAAACUGUCAAAUUGAAGAAAAUAAAAAAAUAAACAAAGAGACUGGCGAAAGGGUAAAGGAAUUAACCGAAAUUUCUAUUCCGCCUAGUCAAGAUUAUGUGGGAGAAGAAGGGGAGGAAUUAACUGAAAUUUUAGCGAAAAUCGAGGGAGAAUUGGUCGAACAAAAAAAGAGUUUUUAUCAGGGAGGAAAAUUUUUGGAAGCCGAGAGGUUAGAAAAAAGGGUUCAAGAUGACUUAUCUGAUUUGCGAGAAAGGGGCUUUUGUCCCGGAAUUGAAAAUUAUUCCCGUUAUUUUGAUGGGAGAAAUGAGGGCGAAACUCCUUUU